AUGUCAGCCGUGAAGCCGGGCGUCUCGUGGCGUGACAUGCAUUUGCUCGCAGAACAGACACAACUCCAGGAACUUAUAAGACAUGGAUUGUUGAAGGGAGACAUCGAUGAAAUGAUGGCCUCCAGAUUGGGCUAUACUUUUAUGCCGCACGGAUUGGGACAUCUGUUAGGCAUUGAUGUGCACGACGUCGGCGGCUAUUUAGAAGACUGUCCGCCCAGAUCUCAAGAGCCAGGACUCAGUAGUUUACGGACUUCUCGAAACUUGAUUAAAGGGAUGGUAUUAACUAUAGAACCGGGAAUUUAUUUUAUUGAGGCUCAGCUCAACAAAGCUAAAAAUGAUGCAAAUCUCUCGAAAUUCAUUGUUUGGGAAGUCGUCGACAGAUUCCGAAACUUUGGAGGAAUCCGAAUAGAAGACGAUAUCGUGGUCACUGAGACAGGAAUGGAACUCUUGACUGAUGUCCCGCGAACUGUAGCUGAAAUUGAAGCCCUUAUGGCUGAGGGCAGAAAAGUUGACGUCAAGUUUCCUCAGCAA